AAACGCUGCAGGAGGGCAACCUGCCGGAACAACACGCGAGAGGGUUCCUCAGACCCGCCGGCAGCCGCCACUUCUUCUAAACCAGCUCCCUUGAAGCAAGGGAUACACAAAGAUACACAAACAGCCAUGGCGGGCCGCGAGAACCGGGAGUACGACGGGUCCGAAGGGUCGAUCGACCCAGAGCUGCUCUACACCAAAGAAUACUGCAUUGGCGGAGGCAGCUUCGGCAAGGUCUACAAAGGCGUGGACAAGCGUACCGGCCAGUCGGUGGCCAUCAAGAUCAUCGACAUCGAGAGCGCCGAGGACGAGGUAGAGGACAUCAUCCAGGAAAUCGCCAUCUUGUCCGAGCUGCAGUCGCCCUACGUCACCAAGUACUAUGGCUCCUACGCCAAGGGCGCCGAGCUGUGGAUCGUCAUGGAGUUCUGCGCCGGCGGCAGUUGCGCCGAUCUCAUGAAGCCCGGCCUUAUCGGGGAGGAUUACAUCGCCAUCAUCGUGCGCGAGCUGCUGCUGGGCCUGGACUACCUGCACUCAGACAAGAAGCUACACAGGGACAUCAAGGCGGCGAACGUCCUGCUGUCUGCCAACGGCCAGGUAAAGCUGGCCGACUUUGGGGUCUCGGGCCAGCUAUCCGCAACCAUGACCAAAAAGAACACGUUCGUGGGCACGCCGUUCUGGAUGGCGCCCGAGGUCAUCAAGCAGAGCGGCUACGACCACAAGGCCGACAUCUGGUCCCUCGGCAUCACGGCGCUGGAGCUUGCCAACGGCGAACCUCCGUACGCCGAUAUCCACCCCAUGAAGGUGCUGUUCCUGAUCCCAAAGAACCCGGCCCCGCGGUUAGAAGGCAACUUCACCAAGGCUUUCAAGGAGUUCGUCGAACUGUGCUUGCAGCGCGACCCCAAGGACCGGCCGUCAGCGAGAGACCUGCUCAAGCAUCCCUUCGUCAGGAAGGCGAAGAAGACGAGCUAUCUCACCGAGCUGAUCGAACGCUAUAACCGAUGGGCCGUCACUCACAAGCAAGACGACGAGGACAGCUUCGAGGACGACGAUGGCGACCAAAUCGAGAACAGGGAGCCCGUCAACGAGGACAUGUGGGACUUUGGGACCGUGCGCUUGGUUAGCGACCGCGGGAACAUCGUCCACAGGCCGGGCUUGCUGAAUCCCAUGGGUGACUCGGCGACCAAUGCCAGGUCGUCCAGGACGAUAGAGUCCUCGGACAAUUACGGCGAGAGGAGGCGAGACGGUAGCCCUACGAAACUUGCCGUUGAUACAAGAGAUACCCUCAAGGGCACGAGUGGGACGGGCACAUCAAGACAGGUGUCGCCUCAAAGGAAACCGGUGCCGGCGCAGGCAGACUUGCCUCCAUCGCCAAGGAAAGGACCACCCUCAAACUCGCCGCUGAAGACACUGCAGGCGCCCGAGACUCCCCGUGCAUCUCUCGUAUCCAAGCCCAUGCCGCCAACCCCAGCAAGCAACUCCCCGGACUACGACCGGGUCUUGCAUGAGCAGCUGCAGCAGGAGAUGGGCGUGAUGAACCUUGGCUCCGCCAUCCAAUCCCAGAGCCCGUCGCUGCACUCCAAGGCGUCCUCGUCGCGGCUGGUCCCGAUGACGAUCCCAGAGAUUCCCCCUUUUCGCGGAGGGCCACAGCAGCAGCCGCUGCAAAGCAAGACCGCCGCUGACACCACCCAGCAGACACCCUCCCACCCAUACGCACAGCAGCCCGCGCCGGCCCCGCUCAACCUCCCCCACAAACCCUCCUCCCACGGCAGCAACGCCCCCAUCCAAGGGCUCGUGUCCAAAGAACUACCCCGCCCCCACCCCAACGCGGAUCCCUCAUCAUCGUCCUCCAGCAGCAGCAACCCGCUCUCCUUCCCCACUCCGGCCCCGGCCAACCCCAACGGCGACCUCGACGCCCUCAACGACGUCAUCUUCCCGGCCCUGGAAGAAGCGCUCAAGCGCCGCCAGAUCCGCCUGCAGCAGCUGCACGCCGCCCAGAACCUCCACCAGCAGGGCGGCGGCGGCGGCGGCGGGGCGCCCCCCGCCGUCACGCCCAGCCAGCAGCGCGCCGAGGCCGCGCACGAAAAGAUCCGCCGCCUCGUGUACAAGCUGGCGCAUGUGUGCAAGGAGAUUGAUCACGUCGACAAGGCGGAGCCCGUCGGCAUGGGCAAGGAGGUCGGUACCUUCUUGGAGGGCCUGCUGGAGGAGAUUCUGGUCAGGGUCGAGCCGCUUGAUGAGGACGAUGUGGGCGCUGGUUAGUUAGAUGGGGAGGGGGGAGCAGGGAGGGGAGUGUGCUGUCUCGUAUGAGCUGGUUAUGUUGUCUCGUAUCAGCUGGUUAUGUGUGAUGGAAGUGGGUGGUUGACAUCUGGCGGGCAGGGAGGGCGCAAUACCAUUGGGGUUUGGAGUCAGGAGGGUGGUGUACAGUUGGGUUCGGUUGCUGUGCUGCUAGGUUCUGCGAUUGAGCGAUCUAUACCUUUCUGUUCUUUUGUUUGCUGUGCUUUGUUAGACUUCUGAG